AUGUGCAUUUUACUAGCCUCGUCAUUGCAUCCUGACUAUCCAUUCAUAUUACUCUCCAACAGAGAUGAAUAUUUCAGUCGCAAAACAGAACUGGCCUCGUUCAAAGAUGAGUCGCAGACACAAUUACGACCUAUAGACCUUGCUCGAGAGGAGCAUGGGACCUGGAUAGGGGUAAACAAGGCUGGAAAAGUCGCUGUGCUGGUAAAUUUCCGAGAACCAAACACGGGUGAUCCUGUUGGACAAAUCUCAAGGGGCCUCAUACCCGUAAUGUUUCUCGAAUCGAAACAGCCUUCUGAUAUAUGGGGGGAAUUAGUUGGAGAACAAACUCAUAAUUUUCAGCAUGUCGGAGGAUUCUCGCUGCUGUUUGGAGAGCUAAGAAGAUCGAGCAAUUCCGAGGGUAUCGAACCUUUACACAUACUUUCGAAUAGAUCAAGCAAGAAAAACACCGUUCUUAAAGGACGAGCCACCGUGGGACUGUCGAACUCUGAAUUCGAGCAACCAUGGCCCAAAGUGCACAUUGGUACACAUGUUCUUGAGAAAACUAUUGAAUCAUCAGUGAAAGAGAACUGGUCAGAGGAGUUACUAGUUCAAAACCUGUUCACAGUGAUUUCCACGCCGACCCCUGAGUCAAGCCAAUGGCAGGGUCUCACGUUUUCUCAAGCAUUCGAUAUGUUCCCAAAAAGUGUAUUCAUACCGCCAGUGAAGUCGGACACGGGCUACGAUUACUAUGGCACUAGAACCCAGACUAUCAUACUACUAAGGAAAAACGGUUACAUGAAAUUCAUCGAGCGCAAUCUUCAUUCAAGUCCAAAUUUGUUUGAGAUACCCCAGAUCAGUGAAUACGGCUUUCAACUGGACGGCUGGAAACCCUGA